CGGGAGAAGCGAAAGCGAAGCAAGAUGAAGCUCAGCCGCGGACCGUGGAUGAGGGGGCAGCUGGCGGCGCCGCUCUGCGGCCUCUUUCCGGCCAUUUCCUCCUCCACGGCAGUUCAUCUCGUCUCUCUCGCGCGCGCUUUCCCUUUCGUUGCUCAUUCGCCGGCUCUGACUCCCUCGUUCUCUCCGCUUACCUCUUCCUCUCCCCGCCGCCUGUCAUUCUCUGCCUCCGCAGCGCUUCAUUUCUCUAAUACUUGUGCUUCUUCAGGAUGCGAGGAGAUGGAGGAUCACAUUGUUUUGACGAAGAGCUCCAAGGUUCUAAUAAAGGGGAUGAGAUACCUAGAGCUUGAGAAAUGGGUUCUAUCUCAUGGUUACAGGCCUGCCCAAGCUAUGAUGCUCUGGAAACGUAUGUAUGGAGAUAACAUUUGGGCUCACUGCAAUGAAGAAUUAGAAGGUUUGAACAAGAUAUUCAAGAGAAUGUUGGAUGAGCAUGCUGAGCUCAAGGCAUUGCAUUUGAAGGAUAUGUAUACGGCAUCUGAUGGAACCAGGAAGAUAUUAUUUACUUUGGAGGAUGGUCUGGUGAUAGAAACAGUAGUGAUUCCUUGUCGUAGAGGCCGAACCACUGUAUGUGUUUCUAGCCAAGUGGGCUGUGCAAUGAAUUGUCAGUUUUGCUUCACUGGAAGAAUGGGAUUAAAAAGAAAUUUAUCCGCCGCUGAGAUAGUGGAGCAGGCUGUUUUUGCAAGGCGCUUGCUGUCACAUGAAGUUGGUGCCAUAACUAACGUCGUAUUCAUGGGAAUGGGUGAACCACUUCAAAACAUUGAGAAUGUUAUAAGAGCUGCUGACAUAUUGGUCGACGAGCAGGGCCUUCAGUUCAGUCCUCGGAAAGUUACCAUUUCAACCAGCGGCCUUGUACCUCAAUUAAAACGUUUUCUUAAGGAGUCUAACUGCGCAUUAGCCGUGAGCUUAAAUGCUUCCACAGAUGAGGUUCGAAACUGGAUCAUGCCAAUCAACCGCAAGUACAACAUAGGCUUGCUUCUUGGUACCCUUCGAGAGGAACUUCGUUUGAAACACAAUUACAAGGUCUUGUUUGAGUAUGUUAUGCUUGCCGGAAUCAACGACAGCAUUGAAGAUGCGAAAAGGCUGGCGGAUCUUGUCCGCGGCAUUCCCUGCAAGAUCAACCUCAUUUCUUUCAAUCCUCACUCUGGAUCACAGUUCAAGCCAACCAGUGACAAAAAAAUGAUCGAGUUCCGGAACAUCCUUGCUGAAGCAGGGUGCGUGGCGUUCUUACGACUGAGCCGGGGCGACGAUAAGAUGGCGGCCUGCGGGCAGCUCGGCAGUCCCGGCGAAUUCCGGGCACCCCUGCUCAAAGUCCCUCCCAAAUUUCGGGUUGCCAUGGAUGCUUCAGCUUGAAACUGCUUCUCAUUGUCAUCUUCUACAAGGUCCAGACUAGCAUUAGGUUACAUUAUUUUAAGGCUGGAUUUAAUUCAAUGUGAUGUUGAUUUUGGCAAUCAAAGUCUGUGUUCCUGUGUGUUUUUGGUUACAUUAUUAUGCAUAUCUUUAUAAUUAUUGAAUAUUGUUUGAAUUUAUAA